UAUUUAAAUUAUUGUAUGUUCUUCUUCUGUGUAUUUAACAAAAUAUUUUAUACUAUGUUAUGAUAGUCUAUGUUAAACAUUAUCUUUGGCUGUUUUUUCCGUGUAGUGUUUAUUUACAUUUUGGACAUUACUUUGCGAAAAAAACCUCGACCCGUCAUCGAUAAGUAACCAAAGUGCUUUAAGCUUGUUUUCUCAGGCCAAAGACAAAAAACUACGUACUGCUCCAUACAAUAACCACACAAAGAUAUAUUUUUUUAAUAAAAAAUGUAUUAAAAAUAAAUAAAUACAUACUUAACUAAAAGCAAGUUCCUUGAUAAGGAGUUUCGAUAAUACACACCUGUACCAAGGAAGCCUAAAUGAACUCCAAGAGAAUAGAAGCCUUACUUGAUAGUGAUGAUGAAUAUCCAUCUACAUACCAAGAAGAACCGGAGCUUCCUGCAUAUCUAAAUGAUUACAGAUUUGAACCUAUAGUAUUUAAAUGGAUAGAAAAUUAUGUAUCUGUGUCACAGCAGAAAAGAAAAUCCCUAAAUUCAGAUAAUAAUAGGAACGAAUAUAUAACCACAGGGUAUUUAAGCCAAAAAGAUUUAUUUUGCCUAAAAGCAGUAGCUAAAACUUCCAGUGAUGAUACAUUUUUAUGGUUGGUAGACUUCUUUGUACGCAAGGAUAUUCAGUCAAGAUAUGGAAGCAAUCUUAAAAGUUGUCUUAUUGUAAAUUUUCCAGAAACACCAGAAAUACCCAUAAAAAAACAAACUGAAGAGCAAAAAUUAUGCAAGAAAUAUAAAAUAGUUGUCAAAGUGUAAAAUUAUAAUGCCAGGGAAAUAGUUAACUGUAUUAUAAAUGACCUAAUGUUCAAUUAAAGUUGAUAAUCACUGAA